AUUAUGGACUGUCGAUGUACCUGCAAUAUCUGAUGACAUCAUAGCAAAAAUACAUGGAAAGCCAACAGUAUUUCAGGAAUGCUUUGCUCUAGAUACUCCCUUUAUAAUUCCAAGGCCCAAACAAUCAUUUCCUAGCAAGGAAAAUUACAUCUCACUCGGUUCCCCCGAAAAUAGUGACCUCUCCGAUAAAUGGUCUGCAUGUUUUCCAACAACAGCAGUUUUAUUAACAAAUUUUGGAACUUCCUAUACACAUGAUGGAUUCAGAACUUACAUAGAAAUAAAAGUUCUCUCAGAUGCUUUGACCCAAGGCCUAAAUAACAAUGUAACCAAUGUGGCUCUAACAGAUAAUGGAAUCAUAUUUUUAAUAAAUGGUACUUCUUAUACAUGGGAAGGUAAUAAUUUUUUUCAACUUGGAGCAGAACACAAGCUUCCUGAAAGUGAAAUAACUGGAAUAUAUUCAAAAUAUUGGUGUCCAUGUGUCUAUCCAGUGCAGCUUCUUACAGACUACUUUGGGAAUAUAUUGAUAACAAUGAAAAAUAACAUCUUACUUGCUGCAAGAACUGGCUUGAAAGAAUUAGUAAAGCUUCCUGUGUGGAUAAGUGGAAAGAAAAACAUGGUCCUUUAUUUUAAUCCAUCUGCUAAUGUAUACAUGUUAUUAACUGAUGGUUCUAGAAUAUACCGCCAGACCUAUCCUUUGGAAAUUGAAAUAUUUAGCUCUACAUUUAGCUCUGAAGAUUCUUCCUUAGUUGUGGCUUUUCAGCACAGCAUGGAUUUGAAUGUCUACUAUCUGGACAUGGGAGAUGACAUGACAUUUUGGUCUCUGAUAGCUUUUGAGGAGAAGGUGGCU